GAGGAGACAGAUGUGUCUCCUGGUAAAAUCCCUUGUCGUCCUUAUGCAAGAAAGGAAACCCUGACUUAAACACAAAGCCACAGAACACGUUGAUAUUAUGAUGUCUUAGGGUCACACUUCCUAAAAAACAGAAAAAGAAUCAUUUUUCUUGAAUCUUACCAACAAAAUACUCCUGGAUUCAGAAACUGACGAGAGGAGAGAAAGAGAGAGAGAGAAUGAAUUCAUCCCAACCAUCUACAUCACAAGGCACAGAGAAAAGAUGCUUGUCUUCCCAAGUUCUCUUAUGGACUGUUGCUGGGGUCUCCAUGCUACUGCUCAGCGCCUGUUUUAUCACCAGAUGUAUUGUGACAUAUCGUGUCCUUCAACUCUGUGAUGAGAAUAAGUUCCAGCUACAUGAGGCAUUCAUGGACUUCUCCUGCUCCAGGGAUGGAUUGGGUUCAGUCAAGAAUUGCUGUCCAUCAAACUGGGUACAUUUUCAAUCUGGCUGCUACUUCUUUUCUACUAACACCAUGUCCUGGGCAUCGAGUUUAAAAAACUGCUCCGACAUGGGAGCUCAUCUUGUUGUUAUCAACACGCGGGAGGAACAGGAAUUCCUUUUCUUUGCGAAACCUAAAAGGAGAGAGUUCUAUAUUGGACUGACAGACCAGGUGAACGAGGGUCAGUGGCAAUGGGUAGAUGGAACACCUUUCUCAGAAUCUCUCAGCUUCUGGGAUGUCGGAGAGCCCAAUAAUUUAGUGACAGUGGAGGACUGUGCCACCAUCCGAGAUUCUUCAAAUCCCAGGAAAAAUUGGAAUGAUGUGCCCUGUUUCUUCAGUAUUUUUUGGAUUUGUGAAAUGCCAGAAAUAAAUGUCUAAAGCAACAGAAAAAUUCUCUAAGAGCAGAAAGCACAACUAAAAUGCAUAAAUAUGGAGGCACAAGAGCAUGAACAUAGCUCCAACCGGAGAGAAGUGUGUUCGGCAUUAAUGAGGACUCCUUAGGGACAUCGGGAGGACUUCGUUGCUUUUGCUACCAAUAAAAAUGAGUCGUUUUGAAUGUUAUAAUUUGUGAUGCUAAUUGACAUGCAUGUCUCUCCAUGUUAGUCUCAGGACUUCUCGAAACUUACCAAUAAAUUCUAGAACAAAUGUCAGGAAAAGAAAAGCAUGCUCCUUUGGGCACAUUUGCUUCAUUUGUGAAGACUGAUGGAAAAAUACAGGGACACAGAGCAAGAACAGAGCACAGCAAGAAUAGGAUUUUCAAAGUGACUUUGAAGCCCCUGAAUUCAGGCUCUGGUCAAUUCUUCUUUCUGGCUCCUGAAAAGUCUACAUUCUCUUCUCAAUUGCAUACCAUUUUUACCUCUGCCCGAGCAAGUAUCUUCACUAUGUUCUCCUGUACAAUGAGUAAGAAACUCCCUCAAGUCAUGAAGCUUAUCCCUGCUUCAAAGACAUGUGGACUUCCCAGGUAAUGGCCUUGACUAUGCCUCGCUAGGAAAAAUCCAUGCUGAGCUUCGGCUCCAAACAGACUAUGAUUCAGUCCGUUCAUCCCAAGAACUCCCUUUUCUUUUUCUUCUCUUCCACCGAAUAACUGAAUCUCACCUCAGUUUGUGGCUCUUGCUCAGCUAGGGUCCAACAGUCAAAUUGUUUGAAGAGAACAUUCAGCUUGACAAUUUCCUAUCUCAAGCCUAUCCACUACUAGCAUAUUUUUUUCAGUACUGAUAAGGUUAUUCAAGAAUAUUUAAAUAACACAGUACCUUUAAUAACCAUGUUUCUUGCACACAGCACCAUAAAAAGACCCUCCAAAUUCAUACAUUGGAAUGAAUGUGUAAUCAUGAAAUGGGAAAAUUCAACUAUGUAAGUGAAUAUAUUAUCUUUCCUUAAAAAUGUUUAUUCUUCUUAGGUAUAAGAGACCACGUGUGGUUUUAAAACCAAUAUGCCUUUAAAUCUAAAGUCAUUUGACCCAAAAGUAAUCCAGUACAUAUAUUUUCUACUUUCUAGUUUCCUUUUUUCAAAUUAUAAACAUCAAUGAAAGACAUAUGGAAAUACUUUUAUUCACCAUUGUUUCUUUGUGGUUGGCUAUAAUUUGUUAUUUUAAAUUUUAUUUCAGGGACACCUGGGUGGCU